AUGAGUAGAACGGGUAAAGCUUUGACUAAGGCGUUCUAUGAGUUUCCAGCUAGGAGGAAUCAGUUCCUUCAGGAGCUUCAGACAACAGAAACGUUAAAAUCACUUUGGGCAGCAUCAAAGCAAGACAAUUACCAGAAAAUGAAUUCAAUCGUUACCAUUCCAGCUCCAAUAAAGUCAAAAGAAGACAUAUAUGAAGAGAUAAAGAAUUCUAAUCCUGAAAUACUAGCAGUGAGCUUGAAAUGGAAGCAAGGGAUCGCAUUUGCCAAAUCAUUAGCAACCUUUUACAAAGAAGGAUUAUCUAGAGUUCUGCAAGGAAGGAAACUCAGACGUUCCAUAUUAUCGAAUAUGAAGCUAAUUAAUCAAGUCGAUAGUAGAGGCAAUGGAUUAUCUAUCGGAAUUAGAAAUUUUAAAAAGUUAACUCUUGAAAUGUCCCAAGUUUUGUAUAUAAAUGAUAUUCAAAAUUCCACUAAAUCGCAAGAAUUCAUUAAACGGGAAAAUAAUAAAGACAAUUUACCACUCUUCAACUUGACUAGAAGUGAAUAUCAAGUACUUAAACGAGCACCUUCAAAUACCAACAAGAUACCUUUGUUUGCGGUUUUAGCUUUAAUAUUCAUGGAAAGCACACCAUUAUUGUGCUACUUUGUUCCCGAAGUAGCUCCUCUGACAUGUGUUUUGCCAUCUAUAUUACCUCUGUUGUGGAACGUGUCUGCCUCCAAGAAACUUGAUGAAAUAAGAAGCAAAAGAUACGACUCAAAUCGACUUGUGGAUUUAUCAUUGAAAACUGCAUAUAACUUACCACUUGAUGAAGCAAAGGUUCUAGCUAAAUCAUUAAGACUUGUACCUAGAAUGUUGCCAUCUGUACUAGUCCCGGAACUAGUUGUACGGAGGAUAUUACAGAACUAUUACAAUUAUUUAUUAGUGGAUAAUUAUUAUUUAAGUGGUGCUAAUGAUAAUGGAAACAUUUGGGAUCUUGGAGAAGAAGAGUUAGUGAUAGCCAGUUUAGAACGUAAUUUGAUUCUUGAUCUUAAACUGGAUUUGAAAUAUAUUGGCGAGGGUAAGACAUUAGAGGAAAGGAGGGUACGUAAAGAAGAAUAUUUAAAGAACCUAAGACUUAGAUUGCUCGUCUUUUUAGUUGAUUUUAAAAACUAUAAUAUUGGAUAUUUAGGAGUAAAUCAUAUGUUGAAAUAUCCUAUUGAUGAGAAAGUAAUAGCUGAAUGGAGAGACCUUCAAUGGUAA